AUGGCCGUGACUGGUCAGGCGGCUCAUCACUCGACCGAUGUGGCAGUGGGCUGCGCCACUGCCCUUGGUAGGAAAAAACCCAAGACUGAAAAACUUCAGAUUGCCGGAACGAGCAUUCGAAAAAUAAGGGAGAGGUUCAUCGGCGAGAGGCGAUCGAGACCAGGAAGCUUUUGUGAAAGUCGGGCGGCACUGCCGAGGGACUGCAAGAUGGCGGCGGAGGCGCAGCCCCAAAUCGUGGUCGAGGUGGCCGACCAACCACCUUCGCCGAGACGACCGAGCCGCGCGUUGAAACCGAGCGCGAAAGCUCGCGAAGCCAUGCAAUCGCUCGAGGACGUGGCUACCACGUCGAGGAGAGCGGCGAGCGAGACCACGCGGGCGGUUACGACGCGAGGAGCACGCGCGUCUGGGAUUUUAUAUGGAGCCAACAGCCGGAUCGAGACGGGGAAGUCAGGUAUACAGAUGCUCCUGGAGGCGAUCAACGAACAACGAGACGAAAUGUACCGAAUGAUUACCGAGCAGCGAAACACGAUUGGCGAACUACGCGAGGUGAUUUGCAAGCAGCACGACGCGAUUCAAGAACUACAUCGCCAACUUGCAGACACCAGGACCCAGCUUUCUGAAGAACUGAGACAAGCGCGGGAUCAGAUUGAUACCCUUCAACGCCACCCGGUAGCCAUGGCUUCGUCCCAACCAAGCGCAAGAGGGUCAUACGCCGAAGUCGCUCGCACCCCACCAUCAAGCCAGCCAAGCGGUGUGCGCACCCUCUCCUCGCGAAACACGACGCCUUCAUCCUUUACCGACACGUUGUUCUGUACGAUCGAUACAUCUAGGGUGGAGGAGAAAGAGAAGGGAAACGUCCAGGUGGCGGACAUUAGAAAGGCAAUCGAGACAGAGGCCAGGGCACAGGAAAGCAUGGGAGACUGGCGUUGCGCUGCGGUUGUGAAGGAGGCCCGAAACCCGGACCGAGUCAGAGUAAUUUGCAGGGACGAAGGCGAGGUCCAGCUCGUCAAGGAAGCGGCAGUGAAGAUCAGUGUUCCUGGAGUGCGGGUAUUGAGAGACCAGUUGUACCCGGUGAGGGUAGACAAUGCCAACCGAACAGCGGUCCUCGAUGCGGACGGAAACAUCCUGCCGGGAGCCGCAGAGGCGCUAGGGACAGAGAACGACGUCAACAUUGCGAAGAUUGCCUGGCUCAGCAGGAAGGAUACAAGCAAGGCCUACGGCUCGAUGGUUGUCUACGUGACGAAGGGCAGCGAAGCAAGGCGACUUCUAGACGGGCGUUACUUCCAUCUCGCCGGAGAAUCCGCUUACACGACCGUUUUCGCGCCCCGGGAAGGCCCAAUCCAGUGCUACAGAUGCCAGGAGAUCGGCCAUAAGGCCUUCGCCUGCAAAAAGCCGCAAAGAUGCGGAAGGUGUGCGGAACAGGGUCACCACCACAAGACGUGUCAGUCCGUGGUCCUGAAAAUGGCGCCCAAGACGCUUAAGAUCCUUCAGCUCAACGUCCGCAAACGGAGAGAAGUGCAGCAGAGUCUGCUAAACGACGAGGGACUCAAGGACUUCGCAGUGCUGGCCAUCUCCGAACCAUAUGCCAGGCUGAUCGAAGGCUCGGUGACGACGGUCCCAAUGAGUCAUCACAACUGGACGAAGCUUAUACCAACGACAAGACGAGAAACCACGUGGCCAAUUCGGAGCAUGCUAUGGGUACGAAGCGAUAUAGAGGUCGAGCAGAUUCCAGUGCCGUCGGCAGACCUCACCGCAGCACGCAUUCGGCUCCCAGAUCGGGCAGUGCUGAUGGUGUCAGUGUAUGUGGAGGGUGGUAGUGACGAAGCACUGGAAGAUGCAAUGAGGGAAAUUGACCGACUGAUUAGGAGGUUUCGAAACGGAACAGGGACGAGAACGGAUAUCAUCCUGGCGGGCGAUUUCAACCGCCACGACCAGCUUUGGGGAGGGGACGAUGUCUCACCACGGAGACAAGGCGAGGGAGACCGCAUCAUCAACCUCAUGGACGAACACUCCCCUCUGCAGCCUCCUCCCAAGAGGCACGAAGACGUGGCAGUCAGGCGACAUUGA